AACAUACUCCCAAUCCGUACUCAAAAAUCAACACAAUCACAAGAUUUAAUUUAAUCAACCAAAAUACUCAAAUAUUACUAUGCAUGCGUAUGCCACUUCUCCACGGCAAAACAACCAAUCAAUUCAUUGACAUUUCAACGUCUAACUUAAUCAAAACUUAAACCAAAUUUCGUUACCACAAAACACUAUAAAUUGAUCAAUCACUCCCUUCUUCCUUCACAUCACCACAAACAAUUUUUCUCCAACAAAAAAUGAAGCACUUCUUCACUAUCCUCGCCCUACUUCUCGUCGCCGCCGCGACCCGGGCCUCGGCCCAGAACUGCGGCUGCGCGGCCAACGAGUGCUGCAGCCAGUUCGGCUACUGCGGCACCGACCAAACUUUCUGCGGGCCGGGCUGCCAGUCCGGGCCGUGCACCACCAACGGAGUCAAAGUGGAGGAUAUUGUGACGGGCGCCUUCUUCGACGGGAUAGCUAAUGGGGCCGGGGCGAACUGCCCCGACCGCGGAUUCUACACCCGGGCCGCCUUCCUCGAGGCCCUCGGAUCGUUCCGAGGGUUCGGGACCGACGGCUCCGCCGAGGACAGCCGGCGGGAGAUCGCGGCAUUCUUCGCGCAUGUCACGCAUGAAACCGGCAACUUGUGCUUUAGAGAAGAGAGUGGUGGCGCUCAAACGGAAGUCUAUUGCGACACAGGCUAUCCACAGUGGCCGUGCAAUCCCGCCAAGCGCUACUACGGGCGUGGCCCGCUGCAGCUGACGUGGAAUUACAACUACGGGGCAGCGGGUCAGGCCAUAAAAUUUGACGGGCUGAACAACCCCGAGAUCGUGGCCACGGACGUAGUCAUCUCGUUCAAGGCCGCGUUGUGGUAUUGGAUGGAAAAUUGCCACACCGCUAUAGUUUCGGGCCGGGGCUUCGGGGCCACGAUUUGGGCCAUUAAUGGCAAUGUCGAAUGCGACGGGAAGGAGCCCGACAAGGUGGCCAGUAGGGUUAACUUGUACACGGGUUAUUGUCGCCAGUUCGGAGUUGAUCCAGGGACUAAUCUGCAAUGUUGAUUUGAUUGAGAGAUCGCAUGUGAAGAUCGAGUCUACAUAUGUAGACUCGAUCUGAUAUGUAUCUCGUUUUGUAUUUAGAGAUGGAAUAAAUUAUGUUGAUCUAGAAUAAAAGGGUGUUUAAUUGAAUAAAGUUAUGUGGUGCGGGGACUCAUGCAUCGUUUGAGAUGCUUUGAGUGAUCGAUAUAUAUCAAAUUUUAUUUGAAACA